UAAUUUUUAACUACCAUAUGAUUUAAGAUAAAUUUUGAAAGCAAAAUUUUUUAUGCUUAAAUCAAAUUCAAGCCUGAUAUCUGCCACAAUACACAAAGAAGAGCCAAUAUUUGUGAAACAUAGAAUUAAUUUUAAGCCAAAAUGUAAGAUAGUAGCAAUGUGUGUUAGUAAUAAUAUUGUGAUACUUGGAUUGGAAUAUAAUGUUUUAUUGAGAAUCAACCUCAAAUUCCCUGAAAAGCAUGAAGAAAUUGAUGUGAUCAAAAAUUCCCCGUUUAGCAAUAUGACAUCCUUUUCGGUGGACCAGGGUUGCAUCAUUGAUUCCGUGCAUCUCAACCCAUCCGCCACUCACGCCAUAGUUUCGGUGACCACCGGUGAUACCCUUUACCUGCACAAGAACUCCAAGAAAUUGCGCAGCCUAUCGAAAAUCAAAGGGAAUACAAUCACGUGCGUUGCUUGGAAUAAAUGUAUCAACAUUCCCAAUAAAUCUCAGACCGGACCCAUCUUGCUGGGCACUUCCAAGGGGACAAUCAUAGAAACCAAUUUGUGCCAAAGUGAAGAACGCCAAUUGUUUCAGCAAUCCUUGGAACUGUAUUCAAAAAUGGUCUUAAACCUGUCCAAAGAACGCGAGACGAGCGUGGUUGGCAUAGAAUUCAAUAAAAUCCCCAAUUCCUAUUCGACUAUGGAAGAAUCCAACAAAUAUUUCGUUAUAGUGACCACCAAUAACCGUUUGUAUCAGUACAUCCACACUUUGCCCGAAUACAACGCCAAUUCUACCAAUACCGAAAAUCCAUUUCUGUACCGAAUAUUUUCUAAAUACGACACUCAACCGGAAAGAUUUCACGAGUUGCCGGGUAACCUUAGCUGCAGUCGACUGGUCUUUAAUUACAGGUCUAGCGAUCAAUUUCCGCAAAAUAUUGCUUGGUUCUCAGGUUCCGGAAUAUUUUUGGGCAAAAUCGAUUGCACUUUUCGCAAAAAAGAGGAUUCGGUCAUAAGCGAGACUCGAUUAUUACCGUACCCGCUCAAAAGUGAAACUACCUUUCUCGGUGCGGUCAUGACAUCUUUUCACCUUCUCAUUCUAUACCCAGAGAGGUUAUUGGCUAUCAAUAUCUUGAAUCAACAAACGAUUUUGGAGGACACUUUUCCCAAAGAAUUCGGUGGCUGUGUAGGAAUAACGGAAGAUGCUACUCAGACCGACGACAGUCGUUUGUGGGUAUUUUGCGGCAAAGCGAUAUUCAAGUACAGGAUCCACAAGGAAAAUAGGGAUGUUUGGAAACACUUUUUAGCUAAAGCCGAUUUCGACACUGCCAGGAGCUUUUGCCAGGAAAACGAACUAUUAGCUUUGGACACCAUAACGAUCGCGGAGGCGGAUCACGUGUUUAAUCAGUCGGGGGAUUUUUCUCGCGCCGCAAAAUUGUAUUCCGCUUCGCACUUAUCGGUGCAUAACGUAGCGCUCAAAUUCUACCGGGCGGCCGAAAAUAUAUCGGCGCCAUCUUUAGAUGAACCGUCCAUGUACCAAGAAAGAAUUAUGUCCGGGUGCGCCGAAUAUUUGAAGCUCACGCUUACCAAGGAUAAAAAUAAGGAAAAGACCCAAGUAACAGUGCUAGUGUUAUGGCUCGCCGAAAUCUACCUAAGCCGGCUAAGCAAAUUUCCUCGCUCCUCCAAACAAUAUUCUGCCAUACUUGAGGAGUUCAAAAGUUUCCUGCUAAUUCCUCAAAUUCAAGAAUGCUUGUACGUGAACGAGAGUGUCCUAUUCGAACUCAUAGCUGGCCACGAUAACGAAGACGUCUAUCUAUUCUUUGCCGAACAUAGCAAAGAUUAUGACAAAAUUAUUCGCUAUUACGUCGAGAGGGGUUCUUACGCUACCGCCUUGAAAAUUAUGGACAAACAGCGUGACGCGGAAUUAUUUUACAAGUUCUCUAGUUUCCUCAUUACGCAUAUACCAGAUGAACUUAUAUCUAGCUGGAUGGAUCAAUACAAAAAACAUAAGGUCUUCCUAAAACCAUCCCUCCUUUUACCCGCCAUGAUCAAGCUUCUAUCCUUUCCCCCUUCUAGUGAAUCACAGUUCUGGAACGAAAUUAUCAAGUACUUAGAAUUCAGCGUGGAUAUUUCUGGCCAACACAAUCGUCGCUUCAACAGCCUCCAUCCAGACCGUCGAGAUUGGAUGGAUGAUUACUCGUCCUAUCACACGUUAGACCAAACUCUAACCACAAACACAUCUCUAGAAAAUAAUAGCUUUGGCAAUAAUAAUUUGCCCACAUCUAUCCACAAUUUUCUCAUCAGCUUGUAUUGUCAAUACCAGCCCGACCAACUCAUCAAAUAUCUAAAGGAUCAAGGAAUGGACAAAAGGCACGUUAAUUACGAUUUAAAUUAUGCAUUACGCAUGUGCAUGGAUUACAACAAUAUUCGCGCAUGCGUGUUCGUUCACACUAUCAUGGGGCUAUACGAACCCGCCGUAAGAUUGGCUUUGAAGUUUGAUAUAGAACUGGCAAAGCAGACGGCGAAUCUUCCCUUCUCCUCUCGCAAAAAUCUUCUGAGGAAAAGCGCUACCCCUCCCGACAGCGAUAAGAGUCUUAAAAAACGCCUUUGGCUGAUCAUAGCGAAAGAUGUGAUUAGUCGCGCGGAAAAUAACGACACUGCGCUUAAAGGGGUGUGCGAUGUUUUAGUGAAUGAAUGCGACGCUCUGACUAUCGAAGAUAUUUUGCCGUUUUUCCCUGAUUUUCAAACUAUUGACCAUUUUAAAGAACCUGUUAUGAUGUCUGUCAAAGAUUACAAUUCCCAUCUGAAGAUUCUGCAGGAAGAAAUGGAGGAGUGCACCAAAGGCUGCGACGAACUCAGGGCCGAUAUUCAAGAAUACACUGACAGAUGCAUGAUGGUGAGAUCGGAAGAUUUGUGCAGUUCCUGUCAGAGACCCCUUCUCACUUCCGCUUAUUUUCAUUUGUUCCAGUGCUUGCAUUACUUUCACACCGUUUGCUUGGUCCGGGAAAUCAAGAACUUACUGGACAAGGAGAGCAAGGAGAAAUUCGUUUUGGCAGAAAAGGUGCUCAAAUCAUCGAAAAAUUCGAGUCUCGCUCAGAUUAAGGAGGCGAAAGCGGAAAUGGAAAAAUAUGUCGGAGUGGAAUGCCCUUAUUGCAAUCAACUCAUCAUCAAUUCGAUUGAUAGACCUUUCAUAGAUCCCGAAAUUUACGAGCAGGAAUACAAAAGCUGGUUAUGAUUUUCAACUUGAUCACGUGCUUUGCAGGAAUAAGAACAUCAUUGGAGAUUUCGAUAUUUUAAAACAUGCAUCGCAACCAUUAAUCAAUGCCAUUAUUGUAUUAGCAUUUAUUUUCUUGUGAUACUAAAAAAUUGUUAUCGCUCUAUAUAUUAUACAUGUAUAUAUAUAUAUUUAUAUUUUAA